CAAUGGCAGAAAAAGAGCUGUUGGCUUCGAGAGCAAGACCGAACUAACAACUCACUGCUUUUUGCUCUGUCAACAAUCUAUGGUCCGAUUUCUAUUGCAGUCCCCACAGCCCGAGUCGUUGUUACGAAAUCGAAGCCAAUCGCACAUAGGAAAAUGGCAACUCCGGUAGCUGCCGCGAAACGCUUACGUAAAGAGCUUCAGGUGCUUCGUCGAGAUCCGGACGAUACAAUUGUGCUCCAGCACGACCCCGACAAUCUACUAUCCUGGAAGGCCUGGAUCAAAGGCCCGGAGGACACACCCUAUCAGGACGGUGUCUUUCAACUCGAUAUUCGUUGCGGUCUGGACUAUCCGUUGGCACCACCGUCCAUCAAAUUUGUUACCAAAAUUUUCCAUCCCAAUGUGCACUUUCGCACAGGCGAUAUUUGUUUGGAUAUUUUGAAAAAGGAAUGGUCUCCAGCAUGGGGCCUCUUGUCAGCCUGCCGGGCUGUCCUGGCCUUGUUAUCCGACCCGGACGCCUCAUCGCCGCUCAAUUGUGACGCGGGGAACAUGUUGCGGAGUGCCGAUACAUUGGCCUACGACACCACGGCCGCAAUGUACACAAUGGAAAACGCACGGUUCAUUGCCUGGCCACCUCCUUUGGACCAAGACCAAGACGGUUGA